UUAUUCUUUUUCUCUCUUUCUUUUCUUUUACGACAUCAUGACUAUUGGCGUUCCCAUCAAGCUUCUUCACGAAGCACAAGGUCACAUCAUCUCUUUGGAAUUAAAGACAGGCCAACUCUAUCGUGGUAAAUUAUUAGAAGCUGAAGACAAUAUGAAUAUUCAGUUGAGAGACAUAACAGUGACUGCACGCGAUGGAAGAGUUUCGCAGUUAGAUCAAGUCUAUAUUCGUGGAUCCCAUGUCCGGUUCUUCAUUGUACCCGACAUGUUAAAGAAUGCCCCCAUGUUUAAGGGAGCUGGUCCUGGUGGCCUUAAAGGCAGAGGUAUUGGUUUGGGUAGAGGAAGAGCUACUGUUGCACGCGCUCAACAAGCAAGAGGAAGAGGUCGUGGAUUUAGAGGUCGUGGAGGUCCUCCACCAAGAUUUUAAACACGAAGAAAACAUCAAGUCACUCUGUCAUACAUCUUACAAACACUCACACACUCACACCUACACUCAUUUAUAUACAUAUAAAGACUUUACUAUUUUUGAUUUGAAUGUUGGAUACUUGGUUGAAUGGCUCUCCGCCUUAAUGGAAGCUACAUAAAAAUUGUAUUGUCUC